CGGUCACACUGAGUCACAAACGACGAUCGAAAUGGUGUAGAAAUAUAUUUCGUCAAAAUUUUAAUUAUAGAUAUAAUCGUAGAAUUCGGAAGUGACGCGCGAGGAUGAGCUAUGCGGUGCCAUCAAUGUUUCCCCUGCAUCCCAAAAUGGACGAGCAAGUGGCUCGGGCAUUUACCGCCAACGAGGAUGAGGAAGAGCAGCACAUUCAGAAGGUCCAGAAUGCCUUUCUCUACUAUGGACCAUAUGCAUGCCAGCGGCUGAGAAGGACACUGGAUUACUUGAACAGCCUGCCAGCCGAUGAUCAGCGUCUGCUCUCAAAAUACCGUGCCCAUCUGGACUGCGUGCGCACGUGCAUUGAUCGCAAUCAGGCCGUCAUACGACAGAUUCUGCGCGAACGCCUCCUCUACCCGGCGGAUGGCUCAAGCAGUCCCACAUCGGAGGCGAACAGCGAGUUUGAUGAGCCGCCAGAACACGUGCGACAUGGCGACAUGGACCAGUAUGAUUUUGUUCUUGAUGAUGCUGAUGUUGAACCUCUGAAAAUUUUAAAGGCUCAAUCGACCCUGAAGUUGAUUGCGCGCGACUGGAGCACGGACGGAGCACUGGAGCGUGAGCAAUCCUACAAGCCGAUCAUCGACAGCAUUAAGGAGUACUAUAGGCCCAGCGACUACGAGCUGAAUGAGAUUAAGAUUCUGGUGCCGGGUGCUGGCCUGGGGCGGCUUACCUACGAGCUGGCCUGCCUGGGGUACUCAUGCGAAGGCAAUGAGUUCUCCUACUUCAUGCUGAUUGCCUCCAACUUUGUCCUAAAUCUCUGUGACUAUGAGAACAAGUAUGUGCUGUACCCGUGGGUGCAUCAGUAUGUGAAUAAUCUGAGGCGUGAGGAUCAGGUGGCUGCUGUGCGUUUCCCCGACGUUUGCCCGCUCAAGAAUCCACCCAAGGGCAAUAUCGAGAUGGCGGCGGGUGACUUUCUCGAGGUCUACAAGACACCGCACAGCUACAAUUGUGUGGCCACGUGCUUCUUCAUUGAUUGUGCGAACAAUGUCAUCGAUUUCAUACGAACCAUCUACAAAAUUCUUGUUCCCGGCGGCAUUUGGGUGAAUCUCGGGCCCUUGCUCUACCACUACAGCGAUGUUAAUGGUCAGAAUAGCAUCGAGCCCUCGUACGAGGAUCUGUGCAUUAUAAUUGAGAGCGUGGGCUUUGUGAUCGAGUGCUCGCGAUCGGGCAUACGCACCAAGUACGCCCAGAAUCCGUCCUCGAUGAAGCAGAGCGAGUAUCAGAGCUUGUUCUGGGUCUGCCGCAAGCCGGGCCAAUACGAGGAGCAGUGCGGCAAAAAGAACACCAAAUCGAAGGUAUCCAAAGAGCCUCAUGAUCUGGUAAUGCGCGAGGACAACGACAUGGAGGUGCUGGUGAAUGCAAAUGCAGACACAAAUGAGACUGACACGGAAGCUUUCGAGGAGACAGCACAAACGUGAUACGGCGGCCAACUAACAAUUGGCAAUCGAAAAGAAUCAAUCAUCCCCCCUCGAGCACCCCACCAAUCAGAUGCCAUAUAGCCAAAAAAAAGUCACAGAUGACCAGACACGAGACACGAGGUUCAAAUAAAAGUUUAAUGUAUUUCUAUAUA